GUGUCAGCCCCGAGCCUACUCCAAAGCCAAGCAGCAGAGAGUAUUCAGACAGUGGUAUCCACAGUUCCUGUUUCCGCCUUGCGCUUCGACAGAUCUCAACCUCUUAAGCAUCUCUCUUGCCCCGAAGACAUACCCUCUGGAUCACCGGAUUUUUUGUGCCAAAAAACAGGAGGAGAGGGAGCCUUCUGUCCACAAGUACACGCGGCAGAAAGGAGGGAGCUGCAGCUCCAGGUUCACGCUGGAGACUGAGCUGAAGCCAGUAGACAUCCACACACGACCUCCGGGACCCAAGCCACAAACAUCAGCCACCCCUGUUCCCAGACCAGCAGCACAGAUGUUGUAACGCCUGGAGAAGCACGAUAAGCAGCCCCUCAACACACUCUUCAUCGUUUUUCUCCUCUUCUCCAUCGUCCUCUUCCUCCUGUCUUGUACCCCUCUCCUCACCUCACCUCCGGGGACGGUGACGAUGAUGAUGAUGAUGAAGAUGACGACGACGUGUCGGCAUAUGGCGUUGUGACGAGGACACACACCCUCUCUUCCCUCCACACACACACACACACACACACACACACACCCACACACACCCCUCACACACACACAUUCGGUGAUUCCCCCCUGUGGUGCCGCUGGGCAGCGGCGGAGGCUGGGCUGAAGAUGCGGCCAUGGACGGGCUCGUGGCGCUGGAUAAUGCUGGUGCUGCUGGCGUGGGGCACGCUGCUCUUCUACAUCGGCGGGCACCUGGUGCGCGACAACGACCAUCCGGAGCGGUCCAGCCGCGAGCUCUCCAAGAUCCUGGCCAAGCUGGAACGACUGAAGCAGCAGAACGAGGACCUGCGCCGCAUGGCCGAGACACUACGGUUGCCAGAGGGACCAGCAGAUGGAGGUCGGGUCCACAGCCUAGAGGAGCAGCUAAUCAAAGCUAAAGAGCAGAUCAAUUCCUACAGAAGUCUCCCUGCUGAUGGGCCGGGUCAGAACCACGAGGAGCUGCGGCGAAAGGUGGAGAAUGGGAUGAAGGAGAUCUGGUACUUUGUGCGCAGUGAGGUCAAGAAGCUAGGCCACAUGGAGAGCAACGACAUACAGAAACGAGCCGACACCCUGCUGCAGGACCUGGGCGAACAGCAGAGGUCGAUUAUGACGGAUCUGCACCACAUGAGCAUGGCGGACGGAGCGGGAGACUGGAGAGAGAAGGAGGCCAAAGACCUGUCCGACCUGGUGCAGAACCGCAUCACUUACCUGCAGAACCCUGCGGACUGCAGUAAGGCCCGUAAGCUGGUGUGUAACAUCAAUAAGGGCUGUGGCUAUGGCUGCCAGCUGCACCACGUGGUCUACUGCUUCAUGAUCGCCUACGGCACGCAGCGCACGCUCAUCCUGGAGUCACAGAACUGGCGCUACUCCAACGGCGGCUGGGAGACCGUCUUCAAGCCCGUCAGCGAAAGCUGCACUGACCGCAGUGGGACCUCCACCGGACACUGGUCAGGUGAGGCUAAUGACCGUGACGUGCAGGUGGUGGAGCUACCCAUCGUGGACAGCCUGCACCCGCGCCCGCCCUACCUCCCCCUGGCCAUCCCCGAGGACCUGGCCGACCGCCUCCACCGUCUCCACGGUGACCCCUCCGUCUGGUGGGUGUCGCAGUUCGUCAAGUACUUGAUUCGCCCCCAGGCCUGGCUGGACAAGGAGAUCCGGGACACUACCGCCAAGCUGGGCUUCAAGCAUCCAAUCAUAGGGGUGCAUGUCCGACGGACAGAUAAGGUGGGUACGGAAGCGGCGUUCCACCCCAUCGAGGAAUACAUGCAGCACGUGGAGGACUACUACCAAAUGCUGGCCCGCCGCACGCACGUGGACAAGAAACGCGUCUACCUGGCCACUGACGACCCCUCGCUGCUGCAGGAGGCCAAGUCCAAGUACCCAGACUACGAGUUCAUCAGUGAUAACUCCAUCUCAUGGUCAGCUGGCCUACACAACCGCUACACUGAGAACUCCCUACGAGGGGUCAUCCUAGACAUCCACUUCCUGUCGCAAACCAACUACCUGGUCUGCACCUUCUCCUCACAGGUGUGCCGCGUGGCCUAUGAGAUCAUGCAGACGCUGCACCCAGACGCCUCUGCCUACUUCCACUCGCUGGACGACAUCUACUACUUCGGCGGGCAGAACGCCCACAACCAGAUCGCCAUCUACAACCACGAGCCGCGCGGCGGGGACGAGAUCCCGCUGGAGCCCGGCGACGUCAUCGGCGUGGCGGGGAACCACUGGGACGGCUACUCCAAAGGCAUCAACCGCAAGACGGGCCGCACCGGCCUCUACCCCUCCUACAAGGUCAAAGAGAAGAUCGAAACUGUUAAAUACCCCACCUACCCCGAGGCAGACAAGCUCCUCAAUCAGUAGAGAGAUACGGACAGAGAGAGACAGAGAGAGAGAUAAGAGGGAUAAAAAAAAGACUAUGAGAUGGAGAGUGAGGAGAGGAAAGAGAAGAGGUACUGUUGCUCUCUCUGCUUGAUGUGGAAAAAAAAUCCAGACCCUUCAGAAGGGGUAUGCACUUUGUGUUUGUGUGUGGAUGAAGUGUGUGUGUGUGUGUGUAUAUGUGUGUGUGUGUGUGUGUGUGUGUGUGUGAGAGAGAGAGAGAUGAAGGGGGUGAUUUUACAGGGUAAUAGUCACACUCCUCCUGGACUCUGUGCCCUCCCCACCCUGGCUCUCCUCCCUCUUGUCAGGGUUGAGAGUGGAAAAAUUGACGAGCGAAAGAGAGCGAGAGGAAGACAGAAAGAAAGAAAGAAAGAGGAAGAGCAAAAAGAGAGUGAGGAGCCUCAAGUGGAAAGAAGACUUUUCCAGAGCAAACUGUUACUGUAAAGUGAACCUCUUGAGCCGAGCUCACUGACUCUCCCAGCCUCCGGUUCAAUGAAGGGGAAAAAGCGUGAUCUCAACACAGCAACAAAAAAUAUUUAAAACAAAAAAUAAUGGUAAAAAAAAAGAACAAACAUUAAGCUGAGAACUUAAUAUCCUGAGGAAAAAAAGACAUACACUCAUGAAUUGUGAAGUACCAAGAAGAGCUCCUUUUUUUCUCUCUUUCCCCUUUCCCCCCUCUAUACGGUUUCCCCUCCUUAUGUGGACAUUGACUGCACUCCUCUGUAGCCAAAUGUUUUCUUUUUUCUUCUCUGCUACCAAUCUUUCGAUCAUGCCAUCUCACCUGCCAACUUAUCCUUACCCACUUGCUCUUAAUUUUUUUUCACUGCCAUUUUGUGCUCUUUAAAAAGUGAUUUCAACAUUCAGUUGUUCUGUGUAUGUGUGUUUAUGUGUGUUUGUGUGUAUAGUUCAAAAUAUGGUGCCUAUAAAAAGGUGAAAUGCUUGUAUACCUGAAAUGUGUGUGUGUGUGUGUGUGUGUGUGUGUGUGUGUGUGUGUGUGUGUGUGUGUGUGUGUGUGUGUGUGUGUGUAUGUGUGUGUGUGUGUGUGUGUGCGCUGGAAGUUUCUGGAACGUUCCUAACCAGCCUUGACUCACUGAGGACACACUCCAGCUCCAUUCCUGUGUCUUACGCAUCUCCGUCCUACGAUCCCACUGUCUCCUUUUUAUAUGUCAAAUAAUGUUAUUAAAUGAUAAACACUCAACAAAAUGGAAGUUAUUAUUAUUAUUAUUAUUAUUAUUAUUAUUAUUAUUAUUAUUGAAGAAUUUUGGAUGGCAGGAAUGAAUAUAUUGUCAUAACUGGUUUUAGUCUACCAUGAGGACAUUUCCAUGUUUUGCGUUUGAGCAUUGUCUUCGAUAAAGCCGACCAAAUAAAACCGGUCAACCAAAGCUGUCUGCUUAUGUGUACUGUACUUUAUGUUGUUUUGAUCUAUUUGGUUACUGUGAGGUUGGGAGCAGACAUCCCUCAUACCCUCAUGACUUUCUCAGUGCCUUAUGUGAUCGUUUAUGUGAGGUAGAAAAUGAGUGCUCCCUCCGGUGCUAUAAACUGUUAACAAUGUUUGAUGUCUCGGGUAAAGUCAAGGGAACAACUUUGGUUUGAGCUUGGGCCUCAAAUAUAUCUCCCAAUGUUAUGAGUCCUCAAAUAGCAUCAAUAACAGUAUUUGUGUAAGCAAAUGUAAAAAGCUUCAAAAAGCAAGCUUAGAUCCCCUAUGACACACUGCAUGCAAAAGUUCUCUCCAUUAAAGAGAUCAAGAAGCUUGAAAUGAAUAAUUGGAAUCCCAAUAAAUCUGUUUCAUGUCUGUC